AUGAUUUUCUCAAGUUUCAUAUCAGCCUCUCUUGCUGCACCAUACAUGGUUUCAGCAUUACUUCUCCUCCUUAUCUUGGAGCAACUCUCUUACCUUGUCAAGAAAGGCAACCUCCCUGGGCCUCUCUUCGUUCCUCCGAUCAUCGGAAACGCCAUUGCACUCGUCCGUGACCCCACUUCCUUCUGGAACAAGCAAUCCGCCAUGGCCAGAAUCUCCACCGGUGGCCUCUCCGCCAACUACCUCAUCGGGAAAUUCAUCGUCUACAUCAGAGACACAGAGCUUUCUCAUCAGAUAUUUUCCAAUGUUCGUCCCGACGCCUUCCACCUCGUCGGACAUCCCUUCGGCAAGAAGCUCUUCGGUGAUCACAAUCUCAUCUACAUGUUCGGCGAGGAUCACAAAUCCGUCCGCCGCCAGCUUGCUCCAAAUUUCACCCCUAAAGCACUCUCCACUUACACUUCUCUCCAGCAACUAGUCAUCCUCCGUCACGUACGGCGGUGGUGGGAGGAGGAAAGUUUCUCCGGCGGAUCACGUCCGGUGUCGCUUCGAAACCUCGUCCGUGAACUCAACCUAGAGACAUCCCAGACGGUUUUCGUCGGGCCAUACCUUGACGAAGAAGCAAGAAACACGUUCCGUACGGAUUACAAUCUGUUCAACCUCGGAUCCAUGGCGCUCCCAAUCGACAUCCCAUGGUUUGCGUUCGGCGAGGCUCGCCGGGCGGUGAAGAGGCUCGCGGAUACGCUCGCCGUCUGCGCGGGAAAAUCGAAGGCGAGGAUGGCGGCAGGAGAAGAGCCGACUUGUUUAAUCGAUUUCUGGAUGCAGGCGAUUGUCGCGGAGAUCAAAUCCGGGGAUCCGGCGCCGCCGCAUUCCGGAGACGAAGAGAUCGGCGGUUUCCUCUUCGAUUUUCUAUUCGCCGCGCAGGACGCGUCCACGUCAUCGCUUCUAUGGGCGGUUGCGCUUCUCGAUUCCGAGCCAAGUGUGCUGAGCAGAGUGAGGGAGGAAGUCGCGAGAAUCUGGUCGCCUGAGUCUGGCGACGGGUUGAUCACCGUCGAUCAGCUCGCGGAGAUGAAGUACACGCGCUCCGUGGCGCGUGAGGUCGUUAGGUUUCGGCCGCCGGCGACGAUGGUCCCACACGUGGCUGCUGAGAAUUUCCGACUCACGGAAUCGUACACUAUCCCAAAAGGUACGAUCGUGUUUCCCUCGGUUUUUGACUCCUCGUUUCAAGGGUUUACUGAACCGGACCGGUUCGAUCCCGACCGGUUUAACGAGACCAGGAGAGAGAACGAGGUGUUCAAACGCAACUUCUUGGCUUUUGGGUGGGCCUCGCACCAGUGCGUGGGACAGCGUUAUGCGUUGAACCACCUCGUACUCUUUAUAGCCAUGUUUUCGACAAUGUGCGAUUUCAAGAGGCUUCGAUCGGACCGCUGCGAUGACAUCGUGUACUGCCCCACGAUAGCGCCUAAGGACGGGUGUACGGUGUUGUUGUCUAGGCGUGUCGCAACAUAUCCGAACCUUUCCUCAAAUUGA